UAGGUUCCUUGGUAACUCAACUCGUUCUUCACUCACCGAGUGUGCAAAAUGUCCACUAGUUUACAACCAGAUACAAUAGGGUUACACACGUUCUUCACUCACCGAGUGUGCAGGUUAGGUUCCUUGGUAACUCAACUCAGUUUCAGUAUCCAUCCCACAUAAACAGCCUGAGAUGAAAGCGAAACGUUUGUCUAAAGCUCCGCGAUUGGAUAGAAUCACCACACUUCCUCAAACUAUCAUAGAAACCAUCUUAUGUCUUUUACCAAUUGAAGAAGCAGCAAGGACAAGUAUCCUAUCAAGGGAAUGGAGGUACAAAUGGACCACAAUUCCUAAACUUGUGUUUUAUAAGUCCACUAUUAAAACGUCAACCAAACAGAUUACCGUUAAGGAGUUGAGGUGUAAACUUUUCUGUGCUAUACACCAAGUUCUGUUGCUGCGCCAGGCCCCAAUACUCGAUUUCACCCUUCGGAUAUCUGCAGAUGACACCUAUUUUGAAAUUGAUCAAAUCAUACUUCAUUUGUCGAGGAACCAUACUAUCAUGAAAUUAAGACUUGACUUUUUGGGUCUGAGUUCAUAUCGUUUACCCUUAUCUUUCUUCUCGUUGCGUCACUUAACGGACCUAUAUCUUGAAUAUUGUGACAUCGGCCAUGAACCCACAUUCAAUGGAUUUGGUAACCUUACAAGCUUAUCCUUAAGCAAACUAUCGAUCUCUAGAAAAAGUCUUCUACAUCUUUUAUCUAAUUGUCCAUCACUUAAAAGCUUUAGUCUGUUUAUAGAUGAUGAAGAGUUUUACGGUCAUGAAAGACCCAACAUUAUGGAGCUGUUCAAGUCUUUACCUGUGAUUGAACAUCUAACCACUUGGGGUUAUGUCGCUCCGUCAUUUCUUGUAGACUCGGUUCCCCAAGAGCUUCCAACCUCAUUAAUCCACCUCAAAUACUUUUGUUUAGAAAAAAUGGGUAUUGUCAACCGCGAUGGAUAUAGUUUUGGAUUGACUUUUCUUGUUGUUUUGCUCAAAUGCUCCCCUAACUUGGAGAGAAUUAAGCUAGAGACCAAUACAGAUGAAGAUUAUGAUGUAGAGUCGGUUAAUUUGGAAGACUAUUCCGAUAUAUUUGAAGAAUAUUCAGAUGUUUGGUUGGAACAUCUGAAUGAAUUGAAGUUUAGAUUUUUCAGUAACUUGAAGCCUGAGUUGGAGCUUUUGAAGUUUAUCUUGGCCAGGUCACCCAAUCUGAAGAAGGUGAUAUUGCCAACCUAUAUAAGUGACACGAAGGAAGAGGUGGAGUUGUUACAAAGUCUCUUACACAUCACCGGUACAAAUCCUUGUUGAGAAUCGCUGCAAACAUUGACGAUGAUGUUUUCACUCGACGUUCUUGAGAACUAACGUUGGGAUCCAUGAUGAUUCUUGCUUUGCUACUUGUUAUUCUCUAACUUUUUAAGAGUUGGGUAAAUAUGCAAUAAAUAUUAUUACAAUUCUUGUC